AUGGCGGAGACACUGGAGAGCUCGUCAAAGGAAUUGGAGGCCGGAAGUUGCCGCCAUUCGUCAUUGUCCAUGGCCAGCCGGGCGGUCUUGUCGAACAAACCGAACUGCCAACGUAUCUGUGAGGAGCCGUCUAUGCGGUGCAAGAAAACGCCUGGAUGGAUGAGCGGGUGUGGGACAUCUACCUCCGUGACGCACGUGACGGCCGGGGCCUGCCAGUUUGUCAAGAAGGGGCUGUUUAGUGUGGUGGAAGAGCUGCCCCCCAACUCGACGUGCGAAGUGCCGUACUGA